AUGUGGUCGGGUGUUUAUCUAGGUGGAUCUGCUGGUGCGAGGGGCUGUGCUGUAGAAGGACGUGUGGCGCUGAAGGAGAAGAGGAAGAAAUGUAGCAAUUUACCCAACGGAUUAGUAGAGGGCGAAGAGGAAGAGGAGGAAGAUGGACACGGGGGUCCAGAGCUGCAGCGUACUGGCAGGUGGUUUGGUGGUCUACUUUUAGACAUCAAGCGCAAGGCCCCCUGCUACCUGUCCGACUACACUGAUGCUUUUAGUUUACAGUGUGUGGCCUCUUUCCUGUUCCUCUACUGUGCCUGCAUGUCACCUGUCAUCACCUUCGGGGGACUGCUGGGCGAGGCAACAGAAGGACGCAUAAGUGCGAUUGAGUCGCUGUUCGGAGCCUCGCUGACUGGGAUCGCCUAUUCGCUGUUUGCAGGACAGCCCCUCACCAUUCUGGGCAGCACAGGGCCAGUGCUGGUUUUUGAAAAGAUAUUGUUCAAAUUCUGCAAGGAGUAUGGCUUGUCCUAUCUGUCUCUGAGAACCUGCAUUGGUCUGUGGACAGCUUUCCUCUGUAUGGUGCUGGUGGCUACAGAUGCCAGCACUCUGGUUUGUUACAUCACACGUUUCACAGAGGAAGCUUUCGCCUCACUCAUCUGCAUCAUCUUCAUCUACGAGGCCUUGGAGAAACUCAUCCACCUGGGGGAUCACUAUCCCUUUAACAAGAACAACAACCUGGACAAACUCACCAUGUACUCAUGUUCAUGUGUGGAACCUUCUGACCCCACCAAUGCUACCCUGAAGUAUUGGGAGAACACUAAUGUCACUGCCUCAGAAAUCUACUGGGAAGCACUGGAGACCAAGGACUGUAUUGAGAAGCGGGGAGAGUUUGUGGGCAGUGCCUGCGGCCCUAAAGGCCCCUACAUACCCGAUGUCCUCUUCUGGUGCGUCAUUCUCUUCUUUUCAACCAUCUUUUUGUCCGCCUUCCUCAAGGAGUUCAAGUUCAGCAAUUACUUUCCCACAAAGGUCAGAGCCAUCAUCAGCGACUUUGCUGUUUGCUUCGCCAUCCUUACCAUGGUCUUAAUCGACUAUGCCUUAGGGAUCCCUUCUCCAAAGCUAAAGGUUCCCAGUGUGUUUAAGCCAACCAGAGAUGAUCGAGGUUGGUUCAUUAAUCCUCUUGGGCCUAACCCCUGGUGGACGGCAAUUAUUACGGUGUUCCCAGCCGUGCUGUGUACCAUCCUCAUCUUCAUGGACCAACAAAUCACAGCCGUCAUCAUUAACAGGAAGGAACACAAACUCAAGAAAGGCUGUGGGUACCACCUGGAUCUGUUCAUCGUGGGGGUGAUGCUUGGUGUGUGCUCUUUAAUGGGCCUGCCGUGGUUCGUGGCGGCCACCGUCCUCUCCAUCAGCCACGUUAACAGCCUGAAACUGGAGUCGGAGUGCUCGGCUCCCGGGGAGCAGCCCAAGUUCCUCGGCAUCAGAGAGCAGCGCUUCACCGGCCUCAUGAUCUUCACCCUCAUGGGCUGCUCUGUCUUCAUGACCUCUGUGCUGAAGUUCAUUCCUAUGCCUGUGUUGUACGGAGUAUUCCUCUACAUGGGAGCCUCUUCUCUCAGAGGCAUUCAGCUCUUCGACCGUCUGAGACUGUUCGGCAUGCCGGCUAAGCACCAGCCAGACUUCAUCUAUCUGCGCCAUGUGCCCCUGAGGAAGGUGCACCUCUUCACCAUCAUCCAGCUCACCUGUUUGAUUUUGCUCUGGGUCAUCAAGACGUCCAAAGCUGCCAUUGUCUUUCCCAUGAUGGUGUUGGCUCUGGUGUUCAUCAGGAAGCUCAUGGACUGUUUCUUCACCAAGAGAGAGCUAAGCUGGCUGGAUGACCUCAUGCCAGAGAGCAAGAAGAAGAAGCUCGAGGAUGCUGAGGAGGAGGAGGAGCAGAGUAUAAUGGCGGAAGACGAGGGAGUAGUGCAAGUGCCAUUAGAAGGGUACAAAGGAAUACCAGUCAUCAACAUCACAGAUGAAAUGUCGAAAGGUUCUUUUGGAAAUACUUGGAAUGCCAACAACAGUAACACCUAAGAUCAUUAUGAGUUCACUGAACAGUCACAGUAUUCACAACACUGGUUUCCAUGAAGGAUCAUUUUAAGAUGAAGAAGAUGGAUCUUUGUCACUGGGUGAUCUUGUAAACAACUAUUUGUAUGCCGUUAAUCAAUCCUUUAUGUUUAUUCUUGAAAAUUGUAUGUGUACUGUAAGUAGGGCUGCUCGAUUAUGGCAAAAAUCAUAAUCUCGAUUAUUUGGGUCAACAAUUGACAUCACGAUUAUUA